UGCGGAGGCGUGGCCACUGGCCCAGCAGGUCUUCCUUCCUCUCUGGCCCUCGGUCUCUCGUUGCUCCGCUUCGGACAUGGCGCUGUCUCUGGGCGAGGCGGCCCCGGCGGGUGGCGGUGGAGGAGCCGGCGGCGGCGGCAGCGGCAGCAGCCGGCUGAGGCUCCAGCUGGAGUCCGGGAACUACGUGGCGGAGGAGUACGUGAAGCAGCUCUCCCAGCAGUCGGACGGCGACCGGGACUUGCAGGAGCACCGGCAGUGCAUCCAGGCGCUGAGCGAGGAGACGGCGCAGAGCCUCAAGCGCAACGUCUACCAGAACUACCGGCAGUUCAUCGAGACGGCCCGCGAGAUCAGCUACCUGGAGAGCGAGAUGUACCAGCUCAGCCACAUCCUCACGGAGCAGAAGGGGAUCAUGGAAGCCGUCAACCAGGCGCUGCUGCUGCAGGCCGACCGCGAUGACCCGGCGCUGGCCAACGCCCGGCGAGUGGCCGCCGCCGCCGCCGCCGCCGACCCCUUCCUGCCCUUGUCGGCCAAAGAAGCCUCGGCCAACGAGGAAGGCCGCCAGCGGACCCUCACCACCCUGCUGGAGAAAGUGGAAGGCUGCCGCGACCUGCUCCGGGAGAGCCCCGGCAAGUACCUGGUCUACAACGGGGACCUCGUGGAGUACGACGCGGACCACAUGGUCCAGAUCCAGAAAGUCCACACUUUCCUUCUGAACGACUGCCUGCUGGUGGCCGCCUGGCUGCCCAACCGGCGGGGUACCUACCGUUACGAUGCCGUCUACCCGCUUGACGGGCUGGCGGUGGUCAAUGUCAAGGACAACCCGCCCAUGAAGGAUAUGUUCAAGUUGCUAAUGUUCCCGGAAAGUCGCCUCUUCCAAGCUGAGAACGCCAAGAUCAAGAAGGAGUGGCUGGAAGUGCUGGAGGAGACCAAGAGGAACCGUGUCCUGAGUGAGAAGCGAAGGCUGGAGCAAGAGGUCCCGGUGAGGGCCCCUCCCCCACCCCCUCCAGAGCCCACCAAUCCGUUUGAGGAAGAGGAUGAAGAAGAGGAAGCAACUCCCGAAGAAGAAGUGGUGGAUCUAUCCUUAGAGUGGAUUCAGGAGCUGCCUGAAGACCUAGAUGUCUGUAUUGCUCAGAGAGACUUUGAAGGAGCCGUUGACCUGUUGGAUAAGCUGAAUGAGUACUUGAGCGAUAAACCUGUGACCCAGUUAGUCAGGGAGCUACGAACAAAAGUGGAUGAAAGAGUCAGGCAGCUCACGCGUGUGCUUGUCUUUGAGCUGUCUCCAGAUAGGUCCUUGCGAGGUGGGCCGAGAGCAACCCGCCGAGCUGUUUCUCAACUCAUUCGAUUAGGUCAGUCAACCAAGGCAUGUGAACUUUUCCUGAGGAACAGGGAAGCGGCUGUCCGCACAGCCAUCCGCCAGUUGCGUAUUGAAGGGGCCACACUGCUGUACAUUCACAAGCUCUGCCAUGUCUUCUUCACCAGCUUGUUAGAGACCGCGAGAGAGUUUGAGACGGACUUUGCUGGCAACAGUGGGUGUUAUUCUGCUUUUGUAGUCUGGGCCCGAUCUGCUGUGAGGAUGUUCGUGGAUGCGUUCAGUAAGCAGGUGUUUGACAGUAAGGAGAGUUUAUCUACUGCUGCUGAAUGUGUUAAGGUGGCAAAGGAACACUGCAAGCAGCUCAGCGAGAUUGGUCUGGACCUCACCUUCAUCAUUCAUGCUCUACUAGUAAAGGAUAUCAAAGAUGCUUUGCAGAGCUACAAAGAUAUCAUAAUUGAGGCCACGAAGCAUCGUAACUCCGAGGAGAUGUGGAGAAGAAUGAAUCUGAUGACACCAGAAGCUUUAGGAAAACUUAGAGAAGAGAUGAGAAGCUGUGGUGUGACAAGUUUUGAUCAGUACACUGGCGAUGACUGCUGGGUGAAUCUUAGUUACACAGUUGUGGCUUUCACUAAACAGACCAUGGGUUUCUUGGAGGAGGCUCUCAGACUGUAUUUUCCUGAGCUGCAUAUGGUCCUGCUGGAAAGCCUGUUGGAGAUUAUCCUCGUGGCUGUUCAGCAUGUUGAUUACAGUUUACGGUGUGAACAGGACCCUGAGAAGAAAGCAUUCAUUAGGCAGAACGCGUCUUUCCUGUAUGAAACUGUCCUUCCUGUUGUGGAAAAGAGGUUUGAAGAAGGGGUUGGAAAGCCAGCUAAGCAGCUGCAAGAUCUGAGGAAUGCUUCAAGACUGAUGCGUGUUAAUCCUGAAAGUACUACCUCGGUGGUGUGAACAUUAUGCCUGAAUCCUUUUCAUAUAAAAUACUGUAUAUACAUGUAUGCUCAUAACCCCUUUUUCAACAACCUUGCCAAUAGCCAAACCCAGGAACAGCCCAUUUAGCUGAUUAUGCCUUGCAAAUUAGUUGGAAGGAAAAGAAAAGGAGGAGGGAGAUUUAAAAGUAAACACUGUCAUUGAGCAGGCACAUUACCUCCAAAAAUAUGGCUCUGGCAUUUGAAGUGUAUGGAAGCCACCAGGUUACACAAUGUGUUUUGGUAUGAAAGCUAAUGAAUUAUUUAAAUAUAACUAUAGUAAUUAUAGUAGGAUCAAAGAUAACCACUAACAGGCAUUAGCUGGUUGUAGGAGUAUAAAUAAUAGGGUGCACCUCAUGAUUCCAUUAUGCCAGGUUUCCAUAACCGUCUCUCACAUAACUUGAAAAAAGAUAGUAAAAACUAUAGCACAUAUUUUGUUUCAGAAAGACCCAGCCUAAAUUUCGUUGAAAAGUCAUACUUAACAGUAAUGUGGAAUCUCUGCUCUUGCAAGUAGCAUUUCCAGUAUGUAUGGUGAUUCUCAGCAACAGGGAACACUAUUAUCAAUUUAAGGGACUGAAGUUUGCAGCUCUUGAGAAUUAAAUGAAUGCAAAUAACAUAGAGACUGGCUUCCUGUGGAGCAGGCUCCUGAGAAUUGUUUGGCAGUUUUGCUACAGCCACUUUGCAAUGCUACAUCUCUUUGUUCAGUUUUCAAAAUUGGCUGCUUAACUGUUGAAAACAGGAAGAAAAGUUGUGAUGCAGCACUCAGUUCUUCAGCACCCAUGUACACAUGUCCAUGCAUAUGGUGUACAUUUCCUUUGUGCUGUAUUUUGGACUGCUGCCAGUGCUGGAAAGGAAAGGUGUAUACUCGUGUCCAGGUUGAUUGUUUGCUAAUCUAAUAAACAGGAAUGAUGUUCUGAAAAUGUAAAUGAAGGCGUAUAUCAGUACGUGUUAGAGGGGCUGCUGAAGAUUGGCUGCUGAAGAUUUUGUGGUGUGAAAAACUGUCCGUUAGCAAUUGAGUGAUGACAGAUGUGUAACGGCUUGAGAAAUGGUUUCUAUAUGUAAAAGCCUUACCACACUGGGAAAAUGGGAUGGAGGCACGCCUGAGAUGAGGGAAUAAAAAGCCCUAAGGUCUGUAGCAAAGGGCUUACCAUAGCCUUGUCAAUAACUCUGCUCACAAUUGAGUGGUGUGUAAACUGGGUAGAGGGUUUAUUUUGUUGUUUUUCAUUUUUGCAUGAACAUAUAAGGUUCCGUCUUCAAGCCUGUUGCAGCCUUCCUCAGUCUUGAGCUAUCCUGAUGUGGUGGUCUGCAAUCGCCAUCAUCCCAAUGCUCACUGGAGGAUAAUAAAAUUUGCUGUUCAACAUAAUUUGGAGGGCACAAGGCUGGGGAAGACAGACGUCUUGUAUGGAGGCCUCCUCACAAUGUUUUCUGCUGAGAUUGGCGCAUUGAUACUAAGAUCAGGUUAAUUAUACUAAAGGGCACUUACUGAUUGCCUGUAAAAAGAGCCUUGCUGUCAGUUUUGUUCACUAGAGGUGUAAAAAGGUGAAAUGUCUGGAUUGUAUCCUGAAAAUACUAAAGGUAUUUAUUGUUGGGAGGCUUUAGAUAUGCAUAGUGGAACUCUGUUGCAUCUGGUACUGGGAAUUGAUAGUAGAGCCAACAUAAUUUCAAGAAUAUUGAUAAAUUGCUCCAAAAAAAGAGAGACAUGGGCAAUAGCUUUUUCUUUUACCAGGGUCCACAGAUUUUUAGUUCAGAGUCUUGCUUAAUGAGAUGUAUGGGGUUGAGAGUCACAUCUAAUGUCUUGCGGGUCACAGGAACCCAACCUCAGGACAGCACAUUUAUAGCUGAAUUUCUUUGUCUUUGGCCUGAACUCCAAAAGAGCAUUGAUGUAGAAAAUGUUUCACAUGUGUUCAGUUCAGUAUGCAGUGGUAACACUGGAGCAUUUACACUGAAGGAGAUUAUGUAAAAAAUUAUCAGUUUAUUUGCUGAAGUAGGGAAGAUAAACACAAAAGGCUGUUUCCCAGUCUCUGGGAGUUGUUUGUCUCUUUGAGCUCAACAGUUUUCCUUAUGGAAGAAAAUUUCCCUCAUGACUGUGUAGCUUAUAAUCUUAAACAGCACUAUAUUAAUCUGGCAUUCAGUAGUUUUCUGAAGGUGGCCCCAGUUAACUUUGUUUAUAGAGCAGUUAUGGGUAUCUAAAUAGUCUUGCUUUGUAAUAUUUUAAUUUUUUUAUGCCACCCAAGAGUAUAUGGAGGUCAAAUUCUUUAAGAAUGAGAACUAUGAUAUAUACUUCAACAUGCAGACUAACUUGCAGUUGUAUGUCAAUGAAAGAACUGGAUUAAAUAGGCGUGCCCAGAGCAUCUUUUGAAAUAAUGUUUUGUUAUCUUAAGCCUGUGUAUGUACAUGAACAAGAAGUCUGGAAAGUUUUUUUUUGGUUUUUUAAAAAUUAAAAUUAUCUAACAGAGUUUUGAUGGAUGCUGGUUUUAAUGG